AUGGCUACUCAGACGCCGGACAGACGGGAUCACAUGCCCAAUAGAAGCGUUUUCUUCCCGCCGUCGUCUCGGGCUCCGUCCGCCGUUGCUUGGUAUGCUGUCGACGAGGGAGAAUUUCGUCGUCCUGCAAAAUACUCAAGUCCCUCAUAUAACUAUUGUUACUGUUACUACUACUAUUACUGCUACUGCUACUACUGCUUUUGCUUAUGCUUCUGCUACCGCUACUAUCCAUCUACUACUGCUGCUUUUACUACUACUCCCACUGCUCCUGCUACUGCUGCUUCUUCUACUACUACUACUACUACUGCUGCUUCUUCUACCCCUACUGCUACUACUACUGCUUUUACUACUACUCCUAUUUCUACUACUACUACUGCUUUUACUACUACUCCUAUUUCUACUACUACUGCUGCUUCUAAUACUACUCCUACUUCUACUACUACUGCUGCUUCUAAUACUACUCCUACUCCUAAUGCUACUGCUACUACUACCACCACUACCCCUACUGCUACUACUACUGCUGCUACACCAAUCAUUACAUUUGCUACGUUGCAGUAG